GUAAUCCUUUUAGAUUAUCUGGGAAUUACAAUUGUUCUGUUGUGGACAAAAUAAUUUCAUUGAAAUAAUUGUAUUUUUAAACGUUUUAAAUCUAUAGCAAUUAUUAUUUAAUGUAGCAAAUUUAGUGAUAAGUUAUCUCACAAAGCAGUUCAAAAAUGAGAACCAGUGUAUUGUUUGUUUUAGGCUAUAGGCCUAAUAUUAUUUUGAUUCGUCAUCGUCGUUGCCUCGUGAACAUCAGUACAAUAGUUUUCGUUUAUUGUGACUUAAUUUUUUUUUCCUCAGGUCAAGCCGAGUUCUUGUAGGGAUGUGACAGGUUCUGUGUCGAGUGAGACCAAAAGAAGGCGUUUAUAUUAUGGGGUUGUAAACUAAUGUGUUUAGUGCAUCAAUAAAAAGCCGGAAACGCCAUAAAAGGGACAAAAAAAUCUGUAGAAUGGGAAAGCGGUUGGUCUUUUCUGGUUUCAAAUCUUGUAGCAGCAGUUAAAGUUUUGGUGACAAUACCUUUUCCGAUUUAGACAAAACUGUAGCACCGUGAGCCAUAUUUUUAUUUGCUUAUUUUGAUUGCCGCAAUCUCCAGAUUCUUAGAUGCUAUCUGCUUUUUGUCGCAUUGCGAAAUUUUCCUGCAUGUGUAGUUUAGUGCAGUGUGGGCUAUAUUGUAGGCACAAUUGCCAUAACGUGUCAAAUGUUUUUCUCCUAAAUAUUUCGUUUUGAAAUGUUUUUAUUUUUAACUACAACAGAAUUUCAGUCAUAUGUAUUAAUGACAACGAGAAGUCUUUCUGUUUGAAUCGAGUCUUCUUUCUUUCUUUUUUUCUUUCUUUCUUGAUAUUAAUCAGUCUCAAAAAUAUUAACAAUAAUUAUAUUACUCGGUUAAUUCUUUUUUCCUAUUUCAUUUUACUGUAUGAUAUUAUGGCUCUGCUUUUAACAUAAUCCUCAGAAAACAUUUUGAAUUAGACACUAUAUCCAAUCCUAUUAAAAAUAAUUUGACUUGGCCACUAACCAGUUUAUAGCAUCGUAAACCUAUAACAUCACUGUUGUAACUUUGAUCUCCCUUGAUUUGCGACAUUGUUUUGGAUGGCUUAAUUUUAUAUUAAAGCUCAACCGUGGUAAAUUGCCUUAAUUAUAUUACAACAAUGUCAAACGGCGUUGGUGUUAUAUUUCGGCUUCAAAAACACAAACAACACAUGUUCAAGAGCCUAUGAUCGUACACGUUCGACUAAUACGCUUUUUAGCUAUAGCUGAAGUAAAGCAGUGCAUGUAAACAAGCACGAGAAAUAUGCGAUUUUCCUUGCGAUUGUAUAGGGAAAAGAUGGCGACUGCAGAGCUACUGCUGUUAAAACAGUCAUGAAGAAAUGCAAUAAAUUCCUUGUUGUUUUAUGAAAAUUUACAACUUUGUGAUAGAACUUUAUGAGUGCCUGGGUCCUGGGAUUGGCCGAGGAUGGUCAUGUGGACGAGUAACCGUGAACAUGAACUUUUUAUGAUUUCCCAAGUGGUUAUAUUGCAGCAUUCUUUUGGCCGCGGCACUUAAUGUAGCUUCACUGUGCUCCUUAAAGGUUCUUGCUCUUUUUUUAUAGUAUAUUUUGGCCAGCUCUGAAAAUUCAUACAGUCGGAGAGCAUUGUUCAGGCUGAUGUUCUCAAAUGGAACAGGGAGAGAACAGCCUCCUCUCCUCUCUGCUAUGCUAAUGUGGCCGCCUGUGAUUGGGAUAAGCCCUGCGAUGGAGUCUUAUUGAGAUCUGGACGCGCAGUAGGGUCUCAUCUAAUUUUUCAUGCGGGGGUCUGACUCCUGUUGACUGAAGCUGGUGAAACGGAUGGAAGCUGUGGUGCCGCUGUCAUUUUCACUGCUUCGCUCUAAUGGCGGGACCAAGAAGAGCAACAGGACUUACCGAGCGCGAGCUACGGCGAGAGGUUUGCGCCUCUCUGUCCUGGUGCUGGGUGACGAAUUAUCAACAAAGCACAACUGCUCGGACCUUCUGCUAGGAGGGGAGUGAAAUCUUGAAGGGCACUUGAAGACAUCCCCCCUCCCUUCUCUACCAUCUUCUAUUCACCAAGUCAUGCCACAAGAAAACUUUUUUGGCGAGGGAUGUCCCAUGAAGAAUCUCUUGAAAAUGUUAGCGCGAGUGAGAAUCUUCGCAGGGCGAGAGAUGGCAGCGUUCAAGUUCCUUCUCGUUAUCAAGAAGUUGUAUCCUUGCAUAAAAUCUAGAAGUGAUAAAGGACAAUAUCUCGGUCAGCUUCCAAGAGGCCAUUGGAAAGAGACCGUCACGUGACAUCUAGUGCCAAUGUUCUUCCAGAAGGUCGUCAGGACCCUGGUAGCCGGUAACUCGAUUUUUGGAAAUGCAGAAAACGACCUACUACGACAACUCGACACUUUUCGGAGGAUACUCAUACCAGGGGGCAAACGGUUUUGGCUAUGAUGCCCCGGCACCAGCCUUCCAGAACUCAGCGCAUCUUGAGGGUGACUACCAAAGGUCUGCAUGCUCCCUACAGUCGCUCGGCACCAGCGCACCCCCACAGCCUCAGCAUGCCAAGACGAAAGAGCUUAAUGGCAGCUGCAUGCGGCCCAGUCUGCCACCUGAACACCACCCACCCCCCCAGGUUUCCCCUCCUCAGAACGCUGUAAACGUUGCUGCCUCAAAUGCCACCCAGCAGCCAGGCGGUAGCAGUGGUGGCGGGGCUGGCAGCGGGGGCACAGCCAAAUCGUCAUCCAAGUCGUCCUCUCUGGCCCCAAACCCAGCUCUCACGAAGCAAAUCUUUCCUUGGAUGAAGGAGUCACGUCAGAACACCAAGCAAAAAAACAGCUCCCCUAGUGCAAGCUCAGCUAACGCGGAGAGCAGCGGUGGUGAGAAAAGCCCUCCGGGUUCUGCAGCUUCCAAGAGAGCACGCACUGCUUACACCAGCGCUCAGCUGGUGGAGCUCGAGAAGGAGUUUCACUUCAACCGAUACCUGUGCCGGCCGAGGCGUGUGGAGAUGGCCAAUCUGCUCAACCUUAGCGAGCGGCAGAUCAAGAUUUGGUUCCAGAAUAGGCGGAUGAAGUACAAGAAAGAUCAAAAGUCGAAAGGCAUCGGCUCGUCCUCAGGGGGACCGUCCCCCACAGGAAGCCCACCUCUUCCAAUGCAGUCCUCAGCUGGUUUCAUGAACUCUAUGCACUCAAUGGGCAGUUACGAUGCUCCCUCCCCACCAUCUUUUAACAAGCCCCAUCAAAAUGCAUAUGCCAUGUCAACAGCCUAUCAGAACCCAAUGAAAGGUUGCCCACCCCAACAGAAGUAUGGGAACACUGCACCGGAUUAUGACCCACACGGGCUACAGGGUAACAGUGGCACCUACGGGACACCGAACAUGCAGGGUAGCCCCGUGUAUGUGGGAGGUAGCUAUGUUGAUGCUAUGCCUGCCACUGGGCCUUCUAUGUAUGGCCUCAAUCACCUACCACACCACCAGUCGGCAAGCAUGGACUACAACGGUGCCACACAGAUGUCAGCGAACCAGCACCAUGGACCGUGUGACCCACAUCCGACAUACACGGAUCUGUCUGCGCACCAUCCUUCUCAGGGUAGAAUCCAAGAAGCACCCAAGUUGACUCAUCUGUAGCAGGUUUGGACAAAUAAUAAUGAAAAAAAAGAGGAAAAAAAAUGAAAGGAAGACAAAACGAAACAGACUAACCCAUGGGGCGAUGCAAUGGGGUUGAAAAAGAUGAUCCAGUGGUUUCUUGCCAUGACUAGAACACCGGUUUGUGUCAAUGUUGUCCUUCCAUUCAUAUGUGAACAUACCUGAAUUUAGUAUCCAUAGGCCUAAAUACCCCUUUAAAAUGAUACACUGAAAAGUGUAAAAGUGAAAAGUGGCUAGUUUAUGCCAAGGAAUAGACUGUCUAGCUGUAUGACCUCAUUACAUCAUCCUAAAUGUUUGUGUACUUCUUCAGCAUUGUCGCUGCAUUCCUCACACUUUGGAGAGCGGUACGGUAUAGCCUACAUUUAAACUUACUGGUGCAAGAAAACCACUGGAUUGUUUUCGUCCACUACCCUUAUUUCACAUACCUCUUUUUUUUAAACGUCAAUUUUUUAUUAAAUUGUUCCCAAAACUUCAGCAGACUGGCACCUUGUCUUUAGCAAGACACGGUGAUAAAGAUAUUCAUCUCUUUUAAGUCCGUUUUACACUAUAUGCUACCUAUCACUAUUAACGAGAAGUAAAUAGAGUUUUGUUAUGGCUUUGACACAGGGUAAAAAAAGAAGAGUUGAGAAUACUAGUAAAUGAAAGCUCAUUCCCUCGUUCUCAACUCACUGUCCCCUCCCUCUCCCUCUCUCUCUCCCUCAUACUCCCUUCCCCAGUUCUCUAUCUUUCCCAAUCUUUGGGUUCGCCUACAUUAGUCCAAACUAAUAUGAAAGGCCCACAAUUCUCAUAUCUUGACUUAACGUGGAAACAGGGUAUAUUUGAACAAAAAUGCAUGUCCGGGAAACCAAGCUACAGCGCAGACGUCUCUGUUUACGCCUAAUGCGCUCUUGUCUGGGCAUCAUUGUUGCACUUAGAGUUUACAUUUAAUGGGUGAGGAAGAAAAGUAAAUCUUAUUUUGAAUCGGAAGACCUUCAAUCAGCGUCUUUCGCUAAGUGUGUUCAAGUGAACAUUCAUAAAUAUAUAUUUAUUUGUUAUAGCCAGUUUAAAUACUUUCUUUUUUGUAUUAUUUAUCCCCAUGUAUUUAUAUCGAUAAAAUGUACUUUUUUAGUAUCUACCUGUUAUAAAAAGACGCUGUGUUCUUGUCAUUGUAACAAAUUAAUUUUUAGUUCUUGUAUUUUAGAGAUAUGUAGGUUUAUGUUACCCUUGUAUAAAUAAUGUCUUGACUUGUACAGGGGGCGCAAGAACGGAAUCAAACCGUUCCCGCAUAGUCGAGAAUUAGACGAAUAUAGCGAAACAUUUUGAGAACUUCAUUUGUCCUUUGUAACUACUUUUAUUUCCUUGUUAAGAGUUGGUUGUUGAACAAUUCUUUAAUAAAAUGUUAUGUUAUUCA